UAAAAUAUACUCCCCGUGCUGUGAUAUUUUCCUUUACGUUUUCCCAACUCGGGACGCCGUUGCGUCACGCGUGACGUCAUGACGUCGCGGACGUUCGGCGUUCGGACGCUCGCUGCCUGUCUGGAGCUAAGCAGAAGGGCGCCUGCAGCUGAGGGGGACAACAGGGCGACUUUAUGGUCCUGCUACACAACAAAGACCCAAUAAAGCACCGAAACAGUCGACGUGUCACGACGGGAAAUGGACAACAGUAAACGGACUGUGGUCGUUACAGGUUUUGGGCCGUUUGGAGAGCACACAGUCAAUGCCAGCUGGGUUGCAGUACAGGAGCUGAAGAAACUUGGACUUGGCACUGAAGUGGACUUGCAUGUCUACGAGGUUCCCGUAGAGUACCAGACAGUGCAGAGUUUAGUUCCGUCACUAUGGAAAAAGUAUCACCCAAUGUUGGUUGUUCAUGUUGGGGUGUCAGGCAUGGCCACCACUGUCACAUUAGAGAAGUGUGGCCGAAACCAUGGCUACAAGGGCCUGGACAACAGCAGAUUCUGUCCUGAUUCACAGUGUUGCAUUGUGGGGGGUCCAGACUGUAUUGACUCUGUUAUUGACAUGGAGUCAGUCUGCAAGAGAGUGACUUCCUCUGGACUGGGAGUUGCUGUGUCUGUCUCCAAAGAUGCUGGAAGGUAUCUGUGUGACUUCACCUAUUACACAUCCCUGUACAUGAGCCACGGUCGCUCCGCCUUCGUCCAUGUGCCUCCUCUUGGGAAGCCGUACAGCGGCGAAGACCUGGGCCGCGCAUUGCAGGCCAUCGUCCAGGAGAUGCUGGAUCUUCUCGAUCACGCCAAGGAAAAGAUCCACUGCCAACAGCACUUCCACUAAGUGACCUCCCGAUGCCAGCCAGCCUCUUCCAGCCACGCAAGACCGAUUGCACUGGACCACAAGUAACGAAAGCCUCAGUGUGCACGACGUUUUCCACCCCGGGUGUUGCCUCAUAUUUCCUAUUUUGCCCCGUGGUGAUGAUGAUUACGAGACGCGCGCGAGUAUGUCAGGAAGCGUGAUUGUUCCCAUACAGUUGUUGCCGAGUGUGGAAGAUUAUACACAGCAUUACCUACCAAAUGUGGCUACUAGUAUUGCACCUUAUAGCGUUAGGGUUACUGACAUGGUUACGGAAGUCACAUUUGGCAACCUUUACAUUAGUUGUAUUUGGAAUACUUCAUUCUUACAUGUCAAGCUUCUGCCAUAGUGUUUAUUGCCAAAGCCCCUAGCUUACUUGUCAUAUUAUUUUUCAUUCUCAUUAAUCACUACUAGUAUGUGUAGACACUUAUACAUGAUUAAAUAAUUAUAUUCAUGUAGAACCCUUUAGCAUAAACCUUUUUUUUUUUCUAUAUUUUCUCUAAACUUUUUGCUACUUCACAUUUGAUGUUGAAUUGUUUCUGGAGUCUUUUUCUUUAUAAGAAGUUGUACGUUUGCCUUCUUUUACAAAGGUGAUUUAAAAUAGGGAACGGGUUGGUUCCAGCUCACAUUCCCCCCCAGUUUGUCGGCCCAUUUCUGACAGGAAGACAAUAACUCAGUCACUUGAGAUCUGACCCCCCACCCCCCUCCCAGGUUGUGCAAUGUGAUUUAACAGAUCUCAGGUUUCACCAUAUAGCUUCGCCCUCACGGCUGCGCAAUUAUUUGAGAAAGGAGGUUCUGAUGAUUGUGAUCAGACUGAAACAUUCACUGUACAAUGUAGUGGCAUCAAUGUUUACAGAAUAUUACUUUGUGCGGGCAGAAGAAAUACAUCUGGAAUGAAUGAUGUAGUAACAGAUGUGGCCCCUAAACAGGAUUUUGCCGUGGCCCCAUUUCAGUCAACUAGGAUUUGAUAAGUUGCUAAUCAAAUGUAAACCCUCCAAGGUUUCAUUAGUUUAAAAUAUAAACAGUGCACAUGUAGGACAACUGCAUAGAGAGUGUUUAUGCCAGGAGUCUGCACUGGAUAUCAUUUUAAUGUUAGCUAUUGAAAAGGCAGGAACUGGAAGAUCUUUACAAUAAAAGUCACCGGUGCCAUUUUUUAAACAGAUGCGGUGUUUGGCUUUCCCCAAGAUUGUGCAGCCUAAAACAAUUUCCUUGCUUUUAAAGGUAUUUUAUUGCGGCUGAAGUUAUACAAGAAUCCACGUGACAUUGUGUUAAGUCAGAUUUGGGCCUCUUGUUUGAUUUCUGUAGCACUUUUUCUAGCAGCGUUUUUUUUUUUUUUUUUUUAACUUUGACUCACAAUAUGUAGCGCUACAGCAGGGGUGUCAAACGUACGAGCCCGCAAACAGGUUUUAUCCGGCCCGCGGGAUGAGUUUGCUAAGUAUAAAAAUGAGCUGAAAGAAACUACUGUUCUAAAUGUGUCCACUAGAUGUCGCAAUAGCAAUUAUUUGUAUCUUUGAUGUUGGUGCACCAGUCGAGGAUAAUGAUCAAACUACAUAAAUAACAUGCAGUAAUUUUGAUAUUUUUCUAUCUUGAUGGAUUGAAAAUUAACACCAAUGAGUUGACUGAUGAACAUUAUCACAUAAUUUAUUCAGAAAGUAUAAAUAAGGACAAAUAAAGAGAAUACUACUAACUGCAACAUGUAAGUGUAAAAAAAACCCAACAUUAUGAUUUGUACAAUUUCAGAAUGUGCUUGUUCUAUUUUGAAACAAAUCUGAAGUUGUCUUUAUUUUUAAGUUAUCGCGCUGUGAUUUUACCAGUCCGGCCCACUUGGGAGUAGAUUUUUCUCCAUGUGGCCCCCGAUCUAAAAUGAGUUUGACACCCUUGCUCUACAGUCAAAUACAUCCAUUGUAUUAUGUCUUUUCUCAUUAAUAUUGUAUUUUUGUUUUGCUUUACAGCUGAAUUAUGCUCGUAUUUCCUACGUUUUAAUUUGCUAUACACCUAGAACUGUAGAAAAGUCUUUCAGGCUUCCUGUGUACAUGUGAUUUUCUUAGGCUCCUUUUUUAUGUUUGUCGACAGCAACACUUUUUAGUGGCGCUCCACGACUUCAAACGGCCAUUUUCUCCACAGCUUUUUAUACUUUUACUGCACCCUCCGAAGCUUCCAUAUUGAGCUGUCUGUGGAAAAGAUGGAUCUUUGGAUGUAAAUUGUCUUACCUAGAGGGAAAAAAAACGGAACACUGGUUUGUGUUGCAGCAAAAAAGUUUUAAACACGAGUUAAGCCAGUGGAUUUUGGUCUUUUAACUGAUGCCGGUUUUUCCCAUACAGUCAUUUAUUUGUGGCAAUGCGCCACAAAUAAAUUUGGCCCACGAAUGGAUUUGGCGCUGUUGGCCUUGCUUACUGUGUGUAAAUGUAGUGUGCAUGUAGAUGGCAUCAGGUUUUCAGACCCUUUUUUUGUUGCUCACUUUUUCUCUGCCACAGCGUCCAUAAAAAUGACAUGCACACGCGCCAUGGCCAAUUAUGCAAAUCAUUUUCUCUGAACCCAGUCUUGCAGGAAACACUGGAUACUCCUACUUUCUCUCUUGCCACAAAGUAGCACUAAGCAGAACCGUCACAAAAUCUGUCUUUUACAUAUUGGUUGUGCCAAUUUUCUGGGUUUGGAGGCGUUUUCUGAUGUUUUCCCCGGGCGUGGCGUUGUGAGUUUGAGGAUGUGACUGGGUCGUGCUGCGCCCAAAAUAGCUGCUCACAAAUGUGAACCCCCCUCCCAUAUGUAGCUCGUUGAUGUUGAAAGUGACCUCGACCCCCUUUAACUCUCUCCUGUGCCUUGCUGUUAUUUAUUUUUGUUUUGAUAAGGCCUUAAAUGGUUUGGUGGCAGGUCAGUUCAAAUAUAUAUCUAGAUAUGUUCCAGGCAGAUAUGUGUGGCUACCUCAAAAAUAUUUUUUAAUCUCAACGUGGACUUAACAUCAUUAUGACAGAUUUAUUGAACGUACUGUACCUCUUGGCAGUGAGCAUCCACUGAAAGGUGUGUUCUCUGCUUCAGACAUUAUCAAAGCACUGUUACAAGAAGUAAUAUUGGCUCGAUAAAUGGAAAGGUUUUGAAAUAAAGAGAA